AUGGAACGCAACAAAGAAUCAAUAGUGCGAAUUGCACCGGCCAUGGCCGCCGAAUCAAGCACAGAUUAUUCUGCCACAGAAGCAGUGACCGUAUCAAAGACAGCGCCGGCAGAUGAAACCACGUCGACUGCGAAGUUGCCCAUAGCAAUGCCUACGGCGCCGCCUACAGCCCCUGAAGCAGCACCGUCACCGGAACAAACUACAACUACAACAAGAGGAUCGCCGGUGCCAGAACUUGUGGUGAUGAUCCCUGGAGAGAGUGGGCCGCCUCCACAAUACGAUGAACACGAGAACGACGCAAUCACAACCGCCGCACCGGCAGUUGCAUUACAACAAACCAACAAAAAAGUGGCACCGAUUGGACCACCAGUUCCAGUUUCGCAGAGGUUCAUACCAUUGGCCCAACUUGGGGACGAGCCUGCACGGAUCUGUUGUCCCUUUUGUUUGCAAAAGGUUCAGACCAGGGUGAACAAGGAAAGCACCAGCGCCACAUCGAUGGCGGCUGUAUGUUGCUGUCUCUUCGGCGGAAUUUGCUGUGCAUUCCUACCAUUCUGUAUGGAGAUGUGUCACGACUCUCACCACUUCUGCACGAACUGCGGCGUGGAAGUAGCUAUUCACCCGCAUGACGGACCGGUACAACAGUUUGGACCUGACUCCCCCGGUGCAAUAACGCAAGCACCGGGCUGUAUUCAACCACCAGAGGCAGUCACGAAGAACUAA